AUGAACAUCCGUACACCGCUUCUGUUGUCAAGAUGGCUGCUGUCCGUGAGUACUUUGUUUUCCUUGGUUGCCACAGCGACAGCCUCCACUGUCACUCAGGCAACGACCUUGGGCAGUAUCCGGGGAACCAUUAUUGAACACAGCGCCAUACAAGUCAAAGUUUUCUAUGGCAUACCGUAUGCCAAACCUCCCGUUGGUGAGUUGAGAUUUAAGGCUCCCGAACCACUGGCAGGCUGGACCGGAACUCGUGAUGCAACCAUCUUGCCCAGCGCCUGCUGGCAGCCGAUAGACACCAAAUUUGAUCGCUUCCCAAUGGUGGAGAUGUGGAACGCCAACACAAACAUGAGUGAAGACUGUCUGUACUUGAACAUGUGGGUCCCGGACACGGCUGACCCCAAGGCCGUGAUGGUGUGGAUCUAUGGCGGGGCAUUCAACGCUGGCAGCUCCUCCUUGGAUGUUUACAACGGGCUGGCCAUGGCCGCCAGAAAUAACGUCAUCGUCGUGACCUUCAACUACAGGCUUGGGCCGUUUGGCUUUCUCUACUGCGGUAAUCCGGACUGUCCUGGUAAUGUUGGACUUUUGGACCAAGUUUUGGCGCUGAAGUUUGUCAAAGAGAACGCAGAAAAAUUGGGCGGCAACCCGCAGCUGAUCACCAUUUAUGGCGAGAGUGCCGGAGCUAUCAGCGUGGGGAUGCACCUGAUGUCGCCACUGUCCUGGGACCUGUUCACCUACGCCAUGUUGAUGAGUGGCGCUCCACAAGUCUAUUACGCCACACAGACUACAGAGAAAGCACUGAGCCGUACCCGACAGCUGGCGUGUGAUCGAGACUGCUCUGAUCGUGACAUCAACGAUGUUGUGUACGACCUAAGAAGUAUGAGUGCCCAACAUUUGGAGGCUCGACAGUGGCAGGUCAGAGGUGAAGCAAUCAUUGAUCUAUUGUUUUCACCCGUUGUUGACGGGUCAUUCCUGCUGAAACAUCCAUUGCAGCUCAUGGCCUAUGGCAAGGUGAAAAACACAACAAUAAUGACAGGUGUGGUCAAAGAUGAAGGUACCUACUUCUUAAUUUAUCGAUUCCCUCAAAUGUUUGCAAACCGAGAUCCAAACCCAAUCACGAGCCACCAGUAUGCUACAGUUGUGGAUAAACUGCUUGGAAGUACCUUCAGCACUGACUACAUGAAACAUUUGACAAUGAAUGAAUAUUAUGAUUCUGAGCUCCCUGGCAGUAGAGGGAGCUAUGUUGAUGCAGUAGAUGACAUAUAUGGCGACACGACCUUCAAGUGCAGUGUUGUCGACUUUGCACAGUUCUAUAGCACUCAAGUGAAAGGCCGUGUGUUUAUGUACUCAUACGAACAUCGAGCAAGCACCAACACCUGGCCCCAAUGGAUGGGGGUACCCCAUGGAUACGAACUGGACAUUUUCUUUGGACAGCCUUGGUUAGAAAAGGGAAGUAACUAUACAGACAGUGAGAGGACUUUUAGUGAUGACAUCACAAAGCGGACAGCCAGCUUUGCUAAACAUGG